AAAUCAUGCUCGCUGUCCGGAUAUUGUGUGCAUUGUCUUGACGAUUGCAGCGCUGAUCGCAUCGCUGAAUCGUGGUUGACAUCAAGAACACUACUUGGGGUUUGGGCGGCAUGGCUUGCAGGGCAGAGAUCUGCAUUCACUAGUGUAGACAUUGAAUCGCCGCCAGGCAGAAAGGAGACACCCCAAGGGCCUGUUGUUGCAAUAUGCGAUCCGAGACCAUUGCCGCUUCUGAACCAAUUCCCGACUUCAUCGAGACUUGGGCGUGGGGUGUCGCCGGCGACUUGUGUCGGCCUGCUUAGCCGUCGAAGCGAUGAUCGACUGAAUGAGCUGUUAGGUUGUCGCUAUUGGCCGACAAGAAGCGCAUACAGCCCGUCUUUCGGGAUCGCAUUCAGACGAACAUCCCCGAAGGCCCUAGGCUUCAAGCCCAUGGCCAGCGUAAUGCCCUUCCAACGGCAGCAGUCGUCGGGCAUGACCGUUUUGGUGUAUCCUGCGAUCUGUCAAAUGACCCAGAAGUCUCUAUCUUCGGACACUGGCCGUCCUGGCACAGCUCAAUUGGGAUUCGGCAGCUCUCCAGUUCGUCUAGGGCGCAUCGGCGAGGGGCAAAACGGAGAUUACACAGCCACACGGCUUAAGGGUCCAGGGGUCUUGUGGCAAGCCUUCGCCAUCUUCAAUAUACAACGGGUGUGGUAUGGUGGUGCAAGUAUUGGUACACGCCGGCUUGAUCCUUUGGCGGUAGAUGUUUCUGGUAAGCCAUUUGACUGCUUAUGA